CUUCCGUAAACAACGCCACGCCCCUUUUAAUACCGUUUGCUGAAGCUAAAGAAAAGGUGUCAAUUUUCAGUCGGACAAUUUCACUGCUACAACUAUGGAAAUUUCUUUCAAAGGAAAGCGGGCACUUGUUACAGGUGGCAGUCGAGGUAUUGGUAGAGCUAUCAGUGUUGCUCUAGCUAAAGGUGGAGCAGAAACAAUUGCCCUAGGAAGUUCCCAAACUCAUCUAGACUCAUUAAAAGCUGAGGUACCAGAUAUAAAAACAUGUACAGUAGAUUUAAGUGACUGGGAUGCUACCAGAUCAGCAAUAGAAGGUUUGGGUAAUAUUGACUUAUUAGUUAAUAAUGCUGGUGUAUCCAGACUUGGCUCUUUCAUCGAUGUUAAACCAGAAGAUUUUGAUUUUAUCAUGAAUGUAAAUGUUAAAGCUGUUAUUAAUGUAUCUCAGGUGGUCGUUAAGGGUAUGUUAGCAACCGGUAAAGGAGGUGCCAUCGUCAAUGUCUCCAGUCUCGCGUCAACAUUAGCACUUAAAGAACAUACAAACUACUGUGCUUCUAAAGGUGCUCUGGACAUGAUGACAAAAGUUAUGGCUCUUGAAUUGGGUCCCACGAUUCGUGUGAAUUCUGUAAAUCCUACUGUGACUAUGACCGAUAUGGGUAGAUAUGCCUGGAGUGAUCCUAAAAAAUGUCAACCUGUGUUGGAUAGAAUACCACUUGGACGGUUUGUAGAAAUAGAAGAGGUGGUUAAUGCUGUGUUGUUUUUAUUGAGUGAUAAAGCCUCCAUGUUAAAUGGUGUACAACUUCCUGUUGAUGGAGGAUUACAUACCAACUAAAACAACUGGAAUCAGGGCGCUCAGUUGAUCCAAUUUAGCCAAUCAGAGUCUGGCUAACAAAUACCAAUUGUCAGUCAUAUUAUUUGGUGCCAUAAAAUUUUAAUAGUCACAAAUUAAAAAUUUAUAUUUUCUUGGGAAAACGGGUUUAUUUCGUAUUUCAUUAAAUUAAACAUGUCCAGACACAUUGAAAGCUAUAACUGUAACAAGGGGUAAAAUGUCCGUCUGGGAUGAUUUUGAAUCGAGGGCCCUGAUAAGAAUUCAGUCUGAUAACCAAGCAUAAGAUUUUAUACUAAUCUUAAAAAAUUGAAAAAAUUGAUUAUAAUUGAUUGAAAGAGUGUUGUUACUAUGUAUAUGGAUGUUGGAUUCUCAGACAAUGGUGGAUUCUCAGACAAUUAUGGGAGAAUAUGAAACAUUGAAUUAAAUGGAUUGUUCUUAGCUUCCAGUGACAAAGAGUAGGAACGCCGGUCCAACCUUGUGGGUUUUUCUCCGGUUCCUCCGGUUUCCUCCCACUGAUAAAGACCCCUACGCGCAAACAAAUUAUUGAAAUAAAAUUGAACCAUUUGCUAGUCCCAAAAUGACCUAGUUGUGCCGAGUUGACAUUAAACCCCAUUUCUCUUGCUCUCCAUAUCAAUUAUGUUUUUGUUUUGGUCUUGAAUACAGUAUUGUAUAUUUUAAGAGACAACAAAUGAUAGGAGAAUAUAACCUUCAUCUCUUUCAAACAUUCUUCAUGUAUCAUUUAUUUUUUUGUCCUGCUGAAAUGUCUAAUUUUAUCCAUAUACAAAUUUUUGUGUUGUUAAUGAAUUCAGCUAUAUAGAUAAAAUGAUAAUUAAUUCUAUAAGCAAAAUAUAUAACCUAAAUUGUUUGUAAUUUUAUAAGCAAAAUAUAUAACCUAAAUUGUUUGUAAUUUUAUAAGCAAAAUAUAUAACCUAAAUUGUUUGUUUGUAAUUCUGUAAGCAAAAUAUAUAUAAUCUAAAUUGUUUGUUUGUAAUUCUGUAAGCAUUAUAUAUAACCUAAAUGGUUUGUUUGUAAUUUUAUAUAACCUAAAUUGUUUGUUUACAAUUCUAUAACCAAAAUAUAUAAUCUAAAUUGUUUGUUUGUAAUUCUGUAAACAAAAUAAAUAAUCUAAAUUGUUUGUUUGUAAUUAUAUAUAACCUAAAUGAUAAUUAAUUAUAUAAUUAUAUAUAACCUAAAUUGUUUGUUUAUUUGUUAUAUUCUGAAAUUUACUGAUUAAAUUUUAAUAUACCGGUG